UUUCUUCAUGAUCUUAUAUUUUAUAAUUCAAGAAAAUUAAAAUGAAAGGCUCGUGGAACUCGACGAGUAUCAUUCCUAAUAUUACUCUUUCUUUUAUUUUCCUUUUCAUUUGUUAUUUCGAAGACGUGCUUGCGGCUCCUCCUACUACUAGGCAACAUUUUUUGUGUCGUCCAGAACAAAGGGUUGCACUUGUCGCUUUCAAAAACGAGUCUUAUAUUGGGAGGCUUUCUCCUAAUUGUUACCGGAAGACGGAGACAUGGGGGAAUAACAGCGACUGUUGUAGUUGGGAGGGAGUGACGUGCAAUGCCAAGUCCGGAGAAGUGGUCGAGCUAGACCUUGCGGGCAGCUGUCUCCAUGGCCCGUUUCAUUCCAAUAGCAGUCUUCAAAACCUUCCUUUUCUAACCACUCUUGACUUUUCAUAUAACGAUCUUACUGGCCAAAUCCCAGAUUCCAUUGGAAACCUUCCUCAUCUCACCUCUCUCGACCUUUCGAGAAAUAAAUUCAGUGGUCGGAUUCCAUCUUCGAUUGGAAACCUUUCUUAUCUCACCACUCUCAACCUUUCGAUUAAUAAUUUCAAUGGUCGGAUUCCAUCUUCGAUUGGAAACCUUUUUCAUCUCACUUCUCUCAACCUUCGGGAAAACAAUCUCGAUGGUGAAAUCCCAUCUUCUUUUGGCAAUCUAAAGCAGCUGACCACCUUAGAAGUUAUUUUGAACAAGCUCAGUGGAANUCUCCUUCAACUGUGA